UUGGCAAGAAUUAAACUUCAUGGAAUUUCACUACUUAGCAACAAACCAGACUCCUUCAAUAAAAUUAUUGAACCUCAAUCUGUGACUGUUGAAUUUACUUUGAAUGAUAAACUUAAGCAGAAAGUAAUAAAUUUUUAAUUAAUUUAAAUUUAUUUUUUUAGUGGAAAACAGCGAUAGAUAAAUUAAUUCCUUUAUUUUUAAAUGAACCUGGAAGAAAAUUAUUUCUUUAUAUAGAGACGAUAGGUCUAAAAAUUAAUAUUUAUUAUUUUCUGUCCCAAUUAAUUUUUAUAUUUAGUUGACAAAACUUAUCUUUUAAAAUUACCAAUAAUUCCAAAAAAUAUCGAAGUAAUGAUUAUUGUUCGUUGCUGGUUAGAACAAUUAUUUAGAUGUGCUUUUGAAUGUUGCAAUUUUAUUAGAGGUUUAUUCAAUCCAGAAAUGAUCAAUAUUUUAUUCGAUAACGACAAACAAAUUCCUCUCCAAUUUAACAUUCAAAAAGCAAAUAUUUGGGCCGUCAAUACAACAAUUGAAAAUGUUUUGAAAUUUUCAUUAAAUCAUUUAUUAAUUUCUGAAUUUUUAAAUAUACAAAUGGAUCAAGUUGAUAUUACAGAGAAAUAUACAAAUAUUCUGUUAAAUAUUCUAAUAAAUGGAGGAAAUAAAUUCCCACAAAUUUAUUUCAAAAUAUUUAGGGAAAUAAAUCUUUCUGAUAAAAUUACGGAGGUAGAUUAUAAUUUGGCAAUACCAAGGCUGCCCCACUCUUUUUUCUGUUUCCCUGACCAUUUUGAGCUUUUUUGCAUGACAUAUGAUAUACAAUAUAUCAUUCGAAAGAGCUGUUCAAGCUGA